CUGAAGGGUGAGCGCGCGUGCAGCUGCGUACGUGCACGCGCAGAGACAUCCGUACCCCCACCCUCACCCCCACGGCUUCUCAGACCUUUCCAGCAUCCCCCUUUUCUUACCCACACUUGGAAUCCCCCUUUCUAGGAUGCUGAACGCCACCCACCCACACACAUGCUCCCGUACAAACACAUAUUCCCAUUCCUAACCUCUUUUAGGUUGCCACAGCCCCAAAAAUUGAGUAGGGGGAGGGAAGCAGCUUGCAUUUGGGACCUAAAACGGGUGGAGGGAGAAUUGGGGGUUUCUUUUGCUCCUGCUGUAUUCCCCAUCACUCCUUGCUCUUUCCCCUCCCAGGCUGUGCACCCAAAUAGAUACCUGAAUGUCCGCAGAAUCUCUGCCUGGCCAGGAUUGAGGCCGUGUUCACCGGACAGCCGGGGUGGCGGAGCCAGGUGCAGGGGCUCAAGGACUUGGGCCAUCCACUACUGCUUUCCCAGGCGACAGAAGAGAGCUGGAUCAGAAGUGGAGCAGCUGGGACUCAAACUGGGCGCUCCCACGCCAGCUUCCCUCUGCGAACCCUCGCUCGCCAGAGGCUCCUCCAUCUGGGAUGAAGUCGCAAAGAACUGCCCCGUGGUGACUCUACAACCCCGUCUCUCCCGCGCCCAGCCUCCCAAGCCCCGGCUCCAGCUGGCUCGCCAAGCUCGCUCCUUCUCCUCCUUGGCUUUAAGUGGGCGGACCUCCUUCCUCCGCCUCCUAGAUUGGCCCCGAGAACCAACCAAUGAGGAGCUGCGGGAGGCGGGCCUAGGACGCCGCCAGCUUCAGGAAGACCAGCAAAUUUCAAGUUGGCCGCGGCGUGGGCUUCGCCUGGGGGAGGGGCAGCAGGUUUUUCUCACGAGAUCUCGGAAUAUCCAGGCCCCCUCUGCCAUGGCCAGCCGGGGUGGGGGCCGGGGUCGUGGCCGGGGUCAGUUGACCUUCAACAUGGAGGCCGUGGGCAUUGGGAAGGGGGAUGCUUUGCCCCCACCUACCUUGCAGCCUUCUCCGCUCUUCCCGCCCUUGGAGUUCCGUCCAGUGCCUCUGCCCUCAGGAGAGGAAGGGGAAUAUGUCCUGGCACUGAAACAGGAGCUACGAGGGGCCAUGAGGCAGCUCCCCUACUUCAUCCGGCCAGCUGUCCCCAAGAGAGAUGUGGAACGUUACUCGGACAAAUAUCAGAUGUCGGGGCCGAUUGACAAUGCCAUUGAUUGGAACCCCGACUGGCGACGUCUACCCCGGGAGCUGAAGAUACGAGUGCGGAAGCUACAGAAAGAGCGGGCCCCCAUUCUACUCCCUAAGAGGCCGCCUAAGACCGCAGAAGAUAAGGAGGAAACAAUACAGAAACUAGAGACCCUGGAAAAGAAGGAAGAAGAAGUGACCUCGGAGGAAGAGGAGGAUAAAGAAGAAGAAGAGAAGGAAGAGGAAGAGGAGGAGGAGUAUGAUGAAGAAGAACAUGAGGAGGAAACUGAUUACAUCAUGUCAUAUUUUGACAAUGGAGAGGAUUUUGGGGGUGACAGUGAUGACAAUAUGGAUGAGGCUAUAUACUGAAGAAGGGCCUGGACUCACAUCUUUCUUCAUGUGGGAUGCAGGCAGUAGCUGUCCCUGUUUGGUUUGCAUGAGAACUCAUUUGGUCAGUGUCCAGAUCACCUGUGUUUGUCCUCGGAGCCACAAGUGGACAGCGGUGCCAGACAGCAGUCUCUCCUUCCCUUCCUCCUGCUUUUGUGUUACCUCCUCUCUUGGGGAGAGGGAAGAAGACCCACGUCCUCACUGUGUGAAACCAGUAAGGAGAAUAGACAGAGGAACCCAGCUUUUUGGAGCUGAGACAGCAACACACACGCCCCCAGCCCAUUUUACUACUCUUGACAGAGGUCACUGGGGUGGGAGCCGGUUUUAUAUUUUUAAAUAAAAGCCUUUUAUCUGUU